CGCGUACAGUCGUGUCUGCCGCUGGUAAACUAGCUGAGCAGUUGGUGUCUGUUUUUUUAACAGCUUUACGACUGUCGAAUUAUUUUCAUUCAUUUUUACAGAAGAUAAGUCCUUAAAGACGUUUAGCAAGUUAAGUUGGUAGAUUAUUUUACGCCAGCGAAGCCAACAAACUGACUUUAGAUAGCUAGCUGACUUAGCGAAGUUGGCUAUCUUGUCUGGCUACUUUUAAAUACAAACAACGUUACUGCUACAGCCAAUACUGGUAGUAAUAAUACAAACAGAAACCAUUAGGCUAUGGAUCAACAUAACACAACGUAUGCUGUUAAACUUUACAUUUACGACCUGUCAAAAGGAAUGGCUCGCCAGCUCAGUCCCAUCAUGCUGGGGAAGCAACUUGACGGAAUAUGGCAUACCUCCAUUGUGGUCUAUGGAGAAGAGUUCUUCUUUGGGGGAGAGGGUAUUACAAGUUGCCCACCGGGCGGGACGAUGCUGGGUGCUCCCAACAAUGCUGUAGAGCUGGGAGACACGGAAGUGACAGAGGAGAUUUUCAUGGAGUACUUGUCCUCGCUAGGGGAGUCCACAUACAGAGCGGACAGGUACAGACUUUUUGAACACAACUGCAACACCUUCAGCAACGAGGUGGCCCAGUUCUUGACAGGAAGCAAAAUCCCGUCCUACAUCACAGACCUGCCCGCAGAGGUGCUCUCCACGCCUUUCGGUCAGGCGCUUCGCCCUUUUCUGGACUCCAUCAGCAUUGCACCCCCGGGGGGAAAUGUCGUCAACGGGCACUACGGCCAGAGAUAGAUUCCUGCACCCCCCUGAUUGGGCACACAGAGUAAUAUAUUCUACAUAGACAUUAUCCAAGAGACAUGCGAAGUCUGCAGCUCUGUCCCUCGUGAGCCUCUACAGGUCUCUGUCUAUCCCAGCAUGCCCUUCUUCUGCCGUCCUCCCAGACCACAGUGUUGCCAUGCUCCCAGCCCUGUUCCUGAAGAGUCCCCUGCCAUAGGGGCACUCCAAACAGCCAGCCUCAGCAACUGUCCCUUUAUGCCCUAUAAACCUGGUGAAUGUCGAGUUGAGCUUUCCUCAACCAAGAGCUCAGGAUAAACAGAAUAGAAACCCAUGGAGCAGUAGGGGUGAU